GGAAAUGUAGAGGAAGUGUCGCAAAGAUUGUGAAGAAGUGACGUGACGUCUCGGCCGCGCCAUCUUUAGAAAACAGCGAGACGCUGCACUGUGAAUGAAACUUUCUCUCUGAGAUUAAUGCAGGCAACCCGGUCAAUGGAGUGAUCCUUUCGCGAUUGAAGUCUUCUCAGGUGUUAAGAUCAUGGGGAUCAAAGCACAACGCACACGUUGUUUCCUGGACAUUGGCAUUGGCAAUGUACUCGUUGGAAGGGUCGUGGUGGAGUUGUUUUCGGACGUUUGUCCCAAAACAUGUGAAAACUUCAGGUGCCUUUGCACAGGCGAGAAAGGCCUCGGCAAAGCAACUCAAAAACCACUCCAUUACAAAGGUUGUUUGUUUCACCGCAUUGUUAAGGAUUUCAUGAUUCAAGGAGGAGAUUUCAGUGAAGGUAACGGAAGAGGUGGAGAGUCUAUUUAUGGGGGCUUCUUUGAAGAUGAAAGUUUUGCUGUCAAACACAACAAGCAGUAUCUGCUGUCGAUGGCCAACAGAGGCAAAGACACUAACGGGUCACAGUUUUUCAUAACGACCAAACCGUCUCCACAUCUGGAUGGCGUUCAUGUGGUUUUCGGUCAUGUGAUAUCCGGUGAAGAGGUUGUCCAAACUAUGGAGAACCAGAAGACAGAUCCGAACAGUAGGCCCUAUGCCGAGGUGAAGGUGUUAAACUGCGGUGAACUGGUCCCCAAAUCCAAAGCAAAGAAAAGCGAGAAGAAGAAAGAAAAGGACUCUUCAAGCUCCAGCAGUAGUUCUAGUGACUCCGACAGCUCGUCUGAUUCCUCUUCGGACGAAUCCGAAAAGGCUUCCAAGAAACGCAAAAAGAAAACCAAGAAGCAGAAGAAGAAGCAAAAGAAGGAAAACAAACCAGAGGCAGAAAAUGUGGAAGAGAAGGAGCAAGAGGAGCUGGUGACAUCGACUGUCCGCCCAGAAGAAAUCCCACCCAUUCCUGAGAACCGAUUCCUCAUGAGAAGAAGCCCGCAGUCUGAGAGAGCUCCAGAGGAACCUGAGCGGGACCAGCGCAGCAGAGACAGGCAGCGAGACGGGUACAACUCAUCGUACAACAGAAGGCUGGUGAUGACGAGAUCCGGCAGGAAGAUCAAAGGCAGGGGCCCGAGGAGAUAUAGAACUCCGUCACGCUCUCGUUCAAGAUCCAGAGAUCGUUUCUGGCGAAGUGACACACCUCCUCACUGGCGCCAGGAGAUGCAGCGUCAGAGGAUGAGGGCCACCACUGGAGACCGCUGGAUCAAGGGAGACAAGGGGGACAUGAGCGAGGACAAGGAAGAGGCUGCUCAGCCAGAAAGACGUGAGCGACGGACCUCCAGCUCGAAGCAAGAGAACGCAGAGGAGGGUAAAAGAGAUAAGAAACGGUCCCGGCGAUCCCAAAGCAAGGAGAAGGAAUCGGUGGAUAAGGAGAAGCACAGCAAACAUAAGGAGAAGAAAAAGCAUAAAUCACAAAGUCGCAGCAAAAGCAAAGAUCGUAAACGAGACAAAUCCCAUGGGAAAAGUAAAGACAAGAAGAAGGCCAGGUCUCAAAGUCGCAGUAAAAGUAGAGAGAACAAAAAGUCUCGUAGUCGCAGCAAAGUUAGCGAAAAAAAGAAGGCAAAGUCUCGCAGUAAAAGCAGAGAGAAGAAAACCGCCAAGUCUCAAAGUCGCAGCAGCAGCAGAGAUAAGAAGUCGCGCAGCCGCAGUCGCAGCAGGGACAAGAAAAGGGUCAAAUCCCGCAGCAGGAGCGGAGGAAGAGGAAGGAGGUCUAAGAGUGGUGACCAAAAUGAAGACAGGAGGGCCAGGUCUGGAAGCAAAGGCCGGAAUCCUGAGCCCGAUAGUAAGGAAAAGGCGGCAGGUGAUCGAUCGACCAGCCAAGACAAGAGUGGGGCAGCAGCUUCCAAAGACGGGGGCAGGAGGCGUAGCAGAAGCCCUCAAAGGCGGCACGAUAGCGAGCAAGAGGAUAGAAGGCAGAGGCGAUCCAGAAGCAGAGAGCGAGGAAAACGGAGUCCAGACAGAAGCACCCGAGGAAGGCGGUCCAGGUCCAGGUCCAGGAGCAGGAGCAGGAGCAGAGGGAGGGGGCGCAGCAGAGAACGCUUCAACAGAAGGGACAGAGAACCUGGCAACCACAGGAGGAGACGCAGCAGCAGCUCUAGUAGUAGCAGCAGCAGCAGCAGCAGCUCUGACAGUGACCGAGAGAAGAGGAAGAGAAGGGGAAGCAGUUCCUCCAAAGAUAAGAGAGGUGCGAGGCCAGGCGACAGGGAGAAGAGUAGGAAGAACAAUCAGAAGAAUAAAUCCGGCUCCAGCUCUGACAGCGACUGACUGUGAGCGCUUCUCCAUACUUUAGUUUUAAUAGCUGUGUUCUCAUCUAAAGCGCGGCGUGGGGGUGAGAAUUGUCAUAACGACUGAACUGUACUGGAACAUUCUGGAAUCCGAAGACACUUUUAAACACGAUAAACUGAGGAUGUGGAGUUUAGCUGAAAACUUCUGUUUACGGGUGUCUGCAUUUUUUUGUUUUUUGUUUUUUGUUUUUUUUAGCUCUACCACCAUUGGAACAUGAUGACACGUAAAUUUCUGUCUUUUAAUUUCUUUUAUUGAACAUAAUAUCUGUGAAGUCGAUUCAGAAUCACUUCUGCUUCCCUGCUCCUUUUUUACUGACCGGUUCCUUCACCGGUGUUUAGAGAAAGGCCCAGAAAGUCAUGUGAUUUUUAUAUAAGACAAAUGUUUUCUUCCAAUGAAUGCAUGUUAUGUGUUUUUUAUCUUUUCAUCUGAGUUUUUUUUUUCGGUGUGUAUACUGUAAUAGUCGGGUUUGGCUUUGGAUUCGAUGAUGAUGAUGAUGAUGAUGAUGUAAUUAAGCCUGUGCCACAUAAAAUUGGUCCAAAUUA